AUGGAGUCUGACAGAAGGCAAUCUUCUUUCCGGCAAGAUUGUGUCCAUGGAAAGGUCGCUUUCAUCACCGGUGGGGGCUCGGGCAUCUGCAAAGAAAUCGCAAAACAAUUCCUGCUCCAUGGCGCCUCCGUCGUUAUCGCCUCAAGGAAUCAGAAGAAACUGCAGGAGGCAGCGGAGCUCCUGAGUUCCGAGACCGGUGGCUGCUGCUUCCCUGUAGCGAUGGAUGUGCGCGACGAACACGAAGUGGCGAAGGCAGUGGACACUACUAUGGCAAAAUUUGGAAAAGUAGACAUUCUUGUGAAUGGUGCCGCGGGAAAUUUCCUGUGUUCCGCUGAAAACCUGACAUACAAAGGAUUCAAGACUGUAAUGGAGAUCGACGCACAUGGCGCAUUCAUUGUGUCGAAAACGGUCUUUGAGAAAUGCUUCAAACCUGCAAUACAGCGCGCCGCAGCUGCUGCAAGUCGCGGAUCAGGAGGGAGACUAGGUGGAGAAAAUGCUUGUGGAAAAGUGAUUCUGAAUAUUUCCAUGACUCUCCAUUAUACGGCCGCACUGCUUCAGACUCACGCUGGGGCAGCAAAAGCGGCCGUCGAAGCCAUGACUAAACACUUAGCCGUGGAAUGGGGGCCGUAUAACAUUAGAGUGAACUGCAUUGCACCAGGACCUAUACGAAAUACCGUCGGCUUAAACAAAUUGAAUCCGUUUCCACAACAAGAAUUAAAAGACGUCCAUGGAAGUAGCGGUGGCAAACCUACAGAGUCGAUGGCGGAAUCUAACUAUGCAGGGCUGUUGUUGGCUGGAGAGCCCAGUGUGUGGGUCAAGAGAGAAUCCCAAGCCGAAGGAAAAAACCGAAACCUUGAUCUGCUACAACGGUUCAUUCCUCUGCAGAGAUUGGGCACUUCGCAAGAUGUGGCGUUUGCGGCCCUCUUUCUCUGUCUCCCUGAAGCAAGCUAUAUCACCGGCGCCAAUAUCGUGGUAGACGGCGGACAGUGGAUGACCACCGGGAAUUUUACCGUUCUUGAACCGCAACAGAAUGCCACCUGGAGGAAUGCACCCUAUCGGAUUGACUCAAGACUCUGA